AUGUCUUCUCAAGGCGGACAAUUGUACCCCAUCAGUAGCAUCAGUCGCGGCCCUUCCUUGGGUAGCACAGUAAAGAGGCAGAAGACCAAAGACGCCAGGUUCAGCGUUGUUUCGAGCAGCAACCGAAGAAGAGGAAGCGAGCCCUUCGCGGGCAAGACCACGAGUACGAAGCUGAAGCAGAGGGCCACUAAGGCUUGUGACAAAUGUCGAGAACAGAAGUGCAAAUGUGUCGCGGAUCCCCACAACCCCAGGUCGUGUACUCAAUGCGGAAUGCUCGGCACAGCUUGCACCUUUCACGGCCCGAGCUUGAAACGAGGGCCGCCCAAAGGUUACUUGGCUGCCGUCAUCAACAGACUAGAGGCUAUGGAAGACACGAUCCUUGCCAAGCUCACAGGAGCUGCUGAUGAUCCUCGAGCCAGACAACUCCUCCUUGAGCUCAUCGGCGAAUCUACCCUCUCACAAGUCCUCUCGGGUCGUAUCGAAUUUGGAAGAAGCAGGAGCCAAGGGUUGAAAAAGGGCAAUGGCCCCUACGGCACGGUCUGGCAUGAAAGUUGCUUUAACGAUUCCCUCUGGCACGUUCCCGGCUAUGGAGAGAGUGAUAACACUGUCAGCAGCUCCGUUGCGACAAGAGACGAGCAACAAAUCGAUAUUCUGAGUGGGGUUGAACGAUAUUUCGCGGAGAUACACCCUCAGCUUCCCGUGCUUUCAAAAUCUUACUAUGAGAAGCUCAAGAAUAGGAGAGCUCUGGGUGACACUUUGCCGUCGUUAGAGAGCCUAGAAUUGAUCGCCAAUGCUCAAGCUAUCGGUCUUCACAAGACCAACGAAUCAACACCGGCUACGGCCCUCUUCGACGCUGACGAGAGCCUGGCGCGGAAGACGGCGUGGAGCUCCUGCCUCUUCCUUGAUAAGAUUCUAUUGGCCAUGGGCUUCAGCUCCUCAAUCGACACACGCUUCUGCGAUGCUGUAGCGGCCACACCAGACGAUGUCAGAGCCGCACAAAGCAGCGAACUCGCGCCUUACAGCGAUCAAUCGAUUGUCGCUGAUGUUCGCUUCCUUCUCGAGCUGAAGCAGACCGCUGCGAGGAGCGGGUGCUCGCUCUCGAAGAAAGCUUUCAGCAGCUGCCAAAAGGUGAAGAGCCGCCGUGCCGCCCUCACCGCACUGCAAACGAUAACGAUCGCCGUCAACCCCUGGUCGCCCUGA